AUGCAGGAAAAGGAGGAGAAGUUGAUGAAAGCAAGUCGUUUUCAUCGCAAUUCUCGAAGUCAAUCUAUUCCCAUCCCGGUUCUAUUGGGUCGUCGUGGAUCGAUAAGUUUGCCUGAGAUUCUAGAUGGAAUGCCUUCGGGACAAAUGAGUAAUCGACUCAGUCUUGUUGCGGACGAAUUGGAGGAAAGUUUCAAGUGGGUGCUUGGAAAAUCGGGUGUUAUGCAUUCAAAGUAUUUCAAUGAUGCAUUGAACAAAUAA